GUGUUCUUGGUGAGGAAGGUCACAGGACCAGAUGCUGGUCAGCUCUACGCCAUGAAGGUCCUGAAGAAAGCCACGCUGAAAGUCCGUGACCGAGUCAGGACCAAGAUGGAGAGGGACAUCCUGGUGGAGGUCAACCAUCCCUUCAUCGUCAAGCUACAUUACGCGUUUCAGACGGAGGGGAAGCUCUACCUGAUCCUGGAUUUUCUCAAAGGAGGAGAUCUCUUCACCCGGCUCUCCAAAGAGGUAAUGUUCACAGAGGAGGAUGUGAAGUUCUACCUGGCGGAGCUCGCUCUGGCUCUGGACCACCUGCACGACCUGGGCAUCAUUUACAGAGACCUGAAACCUGAGAACAUCCUGCUGGACGAGGACGGACACAUCAAGCUGACCGACUUUGGCCUCAGUAAGGAGUCCAUAGACCAYGAGAACAAAGCCUACUCCUUCUGUGGGACGGUGGAGUACAUGGCUCCUGAGGUGGUGAACAGGCGGGGCCACACGCAGAGCGCCGACUGGUGGUCGUACGGCGUGCUCAUGUUUGAGAUGCUGACGGGAACGCUGCCUUUUCAAGGCAAAGACAGGAAGGAGACGAUGACAAUGAUCCUGAAAGCUAAGCUGGGAAUGCCACAGUUUCUCAGCUCUGAAGCUCAAAGUCUCCUCAGGAGCCUUUUCAAACGCAACCCUGCCAACAGAUUAGGAGCCGGAGCAGACGGAGUGGAGGGGAUCAAACGGCAUCAGUUCUUCAGCACCAUCGACUGGAACAAACUCUUCCGCAGAGAGAUCCGUCCUCCUUUCAAACCGGCUGCAGGACGACCCGACGACACGUUCUAUUUCGAUUCAGAGUUCACGGCUAAAACCCCCAGAGACUCACCGGGGGUCCCGCCCAGCGCCAACGCUCAUCAGCUCUUCAGAGGCUUCAGCUUCGUGGCCAUAACAGAGGARGAAACUCAGCCGGUACCAAAUACUAUAGUACAGCAGCUUCACAGAAGCACGUCUCAGUUUUCAGACACGUAUGAGAUCAAAGAGGACAUCGGCGUGGGCUCGUACUCCAUCUGCAAACGCUGCGUGCACAAAGGGACGGGCAUGGAGUACGCAGUCAAGAUCAUUAACAAAGCUAAGCGAGACCCCACAGAGGAGGUGGAGAUCCUGCUGAGAUACGGGCAGCAUCCCAACAUCAUCACCCUGAAAGACGUGUUUGACGACGGCCGCUCCGUGUACCUGGUGACGGAGCUGAUGAAGGGCGGCGAGCUGCUGGAUAAGAUCCUCAGACAGAAGUUCUUCUCGGAGCGAGAGGCCAGCGCCGUCCUCCACACCAUCACCAAGACCGUGGAGUACCUGCACAUCAACGGGGUGGUCCACCGAGACCUGAAGCCCAGUAACAUCCUGUACGUGGACGAGAGCGGGAACGCAGAGUCCAUCCGCAUCUGCGACUUCGGCUUCGCCAAACAGCUGCGAGCGGAGAACGGCCUGCUGAUGACGCCGUGCUACACCGCUAACUUCGUAGCUCCAGAGGUGUUGAAGAAGCAGGGCUACGAUGCAGCCUGUGACAUCUGGAGUCUGGGGGUCCUGCUCUACACCAUGCUGACCGGUUUCACUCCCUUUGCCAACGGUCCAGAGGACACGCCAGAGGAGAUCCUGACCCGGAUCGGCAGCGGGAAGUUCUCCCUGAAGGGGGGCUACUGGAACUCUGUGUCUCUGGAGGGAAAGGAUCUGGUGUCUAAGAUGCUGCACGUGGACCCCCACAGGAGACUGACUGCGGGUCAGGUCCUCAGACACCCCUGGGUGACCCGCAGAGACCAGCUGCCCAACUACACCCUGAACCGACAGGAAGCCCCGCACCUGGUCAAGGGGGCGAUGGCGGCCACCUACUCGGCGCUGAACAGGAACGUGGCCACGGUUCUGGAGCCGGUGGGCUGCUCCUCUCUGGCCCAGAGGAGGGGUCUGAAGAAGGUCACCUCCACGGCUCUGUGACCUCCUCCUCCUCCUCCUCCUCCUCCUCCUCCUCCUCCUAACUCUGACCUCGAUCCCACCACCGCCGGACCUUCUCUUCCCCUCUCCAGUCCGGUCCGGUCCGGUCCGGUGGGACAGACUACUGAUGGAGCCUCUAAAGCCAAAUAGGAGCACAGCCCCGCCCCCUGCCCAUGCCCCGCCCCCCAGGCUCUUCUGAUUGGAUCUCUUCUCUCUUACUCUCCAUUCUCAGCUUUAGCCUCGCCGAUCGRGUGGCUGGACCAGAACCAGAACCCGUCGACCCGUUUCUGCUUUGGACAAUCAGCGCUGCUCUUAGAGCAGCAAGUUAACAAAAUAAAAGUAUUUAUUCACUCGGACAGGAAGUCAUAGGAUCAAUGAGAGGGAUGUGUUUAUGCUGUGGUUCUGAUGGUUUAAACCUGGGUCCAGUUCUGAUGGUUCAAACCUGGGUCCGGUUCUGGUGGUUUAAACCUGAGUCCGGUUCUGAUGGUUCAAACCUGGGUCCGGUUCUGGUGGUUCAAACCUGAGUCCGGUUCUGAUGGUUUAAACCUGAGUCCGGUUCUGAUGGUUCAAACCUGGGUCCGGUUCUGGUGGUUCAAACCUGAGUCCGGUUCUGAUGGUUCAAACCUGGGUCCGGUUCUGGUGGUUCAAACCCAGGUUCGGUUCUGAUGGUUCAAACCCAGGUUCGGUUCUGAUGGUUCAAACCCAGGUUCGGUUCUGAUGGUUCAAACCCAGGUUCGGUUCUGAAGGUCAGAAAAGAACAGACGGCAGAAAUCUGAGCUUGGCCUGUUGAAGCAGAGAAAUUAUUUAGUUUCAGGAAGAAAAACAAACUUUUUCUGUUUUUUAAACAUAAAAACUUUAUUUCAUCAACAGAUUUCUACAAAAAUCAACUGAUGUUAUUUUUUAACAGACGACGUAAAUCCUGAAAAC